GCUCCAGAAGGAGAAGCGGCAUCUGAACCGAAACUCUGUGCAGGCUGCGACCGCAGAGAACGCCACGGCCGGAGAGAACGCCACGGACGCCCAGAAUGGCACGGCCAAAUUCGUCGGCGGCAGCUGCGACCCAGUGGCUCCCGAGGCCGCCUGCUGCAUCGCGCGCGGCAAGAGCUGCACCAACCCUCCCAACCCCUUCGAUCACAGCACCUUGUGCCCCACAGGUGCUGUGUGCGAUGCUGACAUCCAAUUCAACCCUUUCGGUGGGCCCAUCCUCGGCUACUGCAAGUGCCAAUUCGGCAACGUCUGCUCGCAGGAUGGUGCCAGCUGUGGGGUCGCCCUGGGCGAUCCUUUUGCCAAGUGCUCGGGGUCAGUGACCGACCCCAUCGGAUGCUGCAACAACCAGCCUUCAACGUGUCAAAACCCGCCCAAUCCCUUCAACCUCAGCACCGCCUGCGGCCUGGGCCAGGCCUGCGACGCGGAUACGUUGUCCGGCGGGUACGGCACCUGCAAGUGCCUGGCGGGAACUUGCAGUGCCGACGGCAAGAGCUGCAGCCUGUGAGGGGCCUUCAGCGCGAUGUCCUGCGAGCUGUGCCAGGUGCAUUACAUGUCCUUCUUUGCUGGCGAUAGUCAUUUGCAGCUGCAGCUGACGCUGUGUCGUUUCCAGACAAGGAUGCAGCAGGAUUCAAGCUAUUUGAUGCACUUUAUGUCUCCAAGGCAAUGCAGUGAUGGCCACAGUCAUCGAAUGUGCUU